AUGGCGGCCAAACACUCAACUCAAUCUCUUGGAACUAUUUCCGCCACCGAUGCUGACGAUCAAAAGCCAGGCAACGAAACGAUGGCCAAAGUCUCAGCUGGAUUUCUUGGAAGUGAUUCCGCCACCGAUUCUGACGAUCAAAAGCCAGGCAACGAAAUGAUGGCCAAAGUCUCAGCUGAAUCUCUUGGAAGUGAUUCCGCCACCGAUUCUGACGAUCAAAACCCAGGCAACGACAUGAUGGUCAAAGUUUCAGCUGAGUCCCUUGGAAGUGGUUCCUGGCUUGAAGUCGAUGAUCAAAAGACUGACGAUGACCUCGAUCUUCGAGAUAUCACAUUCCUUGAGGGUAUCAAGUGGGAUGUUCUGGCUUCAAUUUGUUCACGCCUUCGGGACGGAAUCUCCUGUGAGAUCGAUGGGAAGUAUUGUUCCGGUUCCAAUAACAUUGUUCGUCGGGUUUCAUUUGUCGACGGCGUCAGCUGGGUGGCAAGACUGAGACUACCAAACGCAGAUAUGAUGCACGGCGCCCAAGAUGCUCUCGAUGUGGCCAGCACGCUCAAGGUGGAAGUAUCUACAAUGAAGUUCUUGAAUUUCGACCCCACGAACGAAGUCGGUGCCCCGUACAUCCUAAUGGACUAUAUCCACGGAACAAUUGCGGCCGAUCUGAGAAGCCAAACUGGCGAUGGGAUUCUGUUUGGCACACCAAGCCAGGAUCGCAGGUUCAGGCAACAAAUGGCAGAUAUUCAAGUUCAGCUGUCGUCGCUCACGUUUGAUAAAAUCGGAUGUAUCUACGAAAAUGAAGAGACCUCUGAAUUUUACAUCGGCCGGGAAGUCGAAACGGGCCAAGGACCUUGGGAGUCUGCGAUGGAUUUCUACAAAAGUUAUGGUGAUCACUCUCUCAGUGAGUAUCGGCGACGCGGAGCUGAGGACUGUGCUUCGAUGGCAGUCCCAGCCCUCUUUCAAAUCCUGAUCCGGCUCUACCGGGAACAAAACACCAACGGAGGUCCAUUCCGUCUCGUGAAUCGCGACUUUGGAGCCCACAACCUUCUCGUGAAUGAGAACUUUGAGAUUAUUAGCGUCAUUGACUUUGAAGAAGUUAUGGCUGCUCCGAUGGAGGCUGUCGCCCAGUAUCCCGUGCUCACUGACCUAGACCGGGCGCCUCCUGGAUACGUCGCCACCGAGCCUUUUGUGAUCAAACGCAUCAUGGAGACUGCGCCAAAAAUUCAGGAGUACAAUGAGUUCAUCAAAGCGGCCGAAGUCAAAAUGAAAAUCGAUCGUGAUGGAAACACACCAAUUUCAAAUUUAAUGAUCUCAGAUGUCUCCAGCAUUUUCCAGGGUAUCAUGGAUUACAGAUACCACUCACAAAAGAGGAACGACAGAUGGACAACAGCAUACCUCAUGCUGUUCGAAAAGAAACGGGAGGAAAUGGGCGGUCUCUCAAUCGCAAUCUAG